AUGUUCUCCCGCGCCUCCUCCGUAACCGCACUGAGCAGAAGCUGCCGCUAUCUUCUCCGCUCUCCCUACACCCCUGCCACCCGGGCAUCGGCAUCGUUUCCCCUUCCCUACACAUCUACCCAACGGGCCUCGUUCUCCCUAACCGCGCGCUCUCCCGCUGCAUUCAACGCCAUGGCCGACACUUCUGGAAUUACCGCCGACUCGCUGAAGAACAAGCUCAUUGAUACGCUGCAGGCGCUGCACGUCGAGGUUGAGGAUCUGUCUGGUGGCUGUGGACAAGCUUUCCAGGCUGUUAUUGUUUCCCCCCAGUUCGAGAGCAAGACCAUGCUUGCGCGACACCGUCUCGUCAACGCUGCUCUUAAGGAUGAGAUCGCUGCUAUCCAUGCUUGGACUCCUAAGUGCUAUACCCCUGAGCAGUGGCAGGCUCUAGCACAGUAA